AUGCAAGUGUGGUGGCAGUUCAUUCUGCAGCCGAAGAAGCUCCUGCAGUACGGCCCUGUGGAUUACAGCUCGGUGCACUGUGUGAGGGCAGAGGCGCUCUCGCUCACCCUCCAUCUCACCAGCACGCCGUCGGAAUGGAUCUGCGUCUCCACCCCUGACGACCCGCUUAAAUCUCAGAUGCUGAUGAUGACGUUGGGCGGAGUCAUUCCCACUGUGAUAUGCUUGUUUGUUUUGGCCGCGGUCGGAGGUUUCGCUUAUUACUACAUCUGUGGUCACAAACCGCGGCUGCCCAAGAGUGUGGACGUGGACAUGAAGCGUAAACUCCAGACGUUCCAGCCGGAUCCGCCCCGAAUAAAUGUAAUCAUCUUCAACAUCACCAACCUGAGCACGGGGGAAUCCAAACACAGCUUCCUCAGCCCGUUUCAUCAUGGUGUUGACGUUCCAGAGUCCUCACCGCUCACCAUCGUGGAGGACGGCGAGGUCAGUUACGCGCCCCAGGACGCCCAGAAUACAUCAAGAGCAUCAGCAGGUCUCCACAGCCACCGCGGCUCUUUGGGUGAGGAUUACGGACUGGUCUGUCAGGAAGACAGGAUUCAGGUGGCCAGCUGCCCGUAUAAAUCCCAGCAGUGUGUGGGUGAAGUCAACCCAUACACAGCACAGACUGGAACGACAGAACCCGCACAGGACAGAUAUGAAGAAAAUGAAGAUGGAGAGAUGCAGAGGUUUUGUAACUGGGACGAAGAUCCUGGUCAGCUCCAGCUGGACUUCCCUCUGCUCAGCAGGUUCGGCUCAGAAACCACAGAGACCCCGACGCUUGGGGACAUGACGCUGCUCCCACACCAUCCUGCCCUCACGAGUGUCAUGGUCAAGCAGGGUUCAGAGGAGAGUGAAGAUGAUUGCCUGCUCCUGAAGAUGGAGAAAGACUGGAACCUGCUGAUCCAGAGCACCACCUCCUAGAUUCCUCAGACAUCUGUUUGAUCAAAGUCAUCAGUCUGGGAUUUUAUUAAACAAACACCCAGCGUUCCUUAUGUUGUUGGACACCAAAUGCUGCUCUUAUGAGUAAAGAUCCUCCUGAUGGCCGUCUGGUUUUUGGUUUGAGAUGGAGAUCAGCUUUUUUUUACUGGAUAAAGCUGGUCUGGGUGGGUGAUGGAAAUGCAGUGUUCAGAAAGUUCAGGCUUUGGGUUGUUUACAGAAAUUCAGCCAAGUUCCACUUUUAGGACAGAAAAACACAGAGAGAGACGGACCGUUGGAGAAGGAUGGGGGAGAGACAGACAGAUAAAGACUGAGGGGGAGGGGGGAGAGUGUGUUUGAGUUUGUGAGCGAGAGAGAGACUGAGAGAUAGACACAGACAAAGAAAGAUGAGAAAGAGACCAAUGGGAAGGGAGGCGAGAGAAAGACGGACGGAGAGACAGACAGAGACAUAAAGAAAGAUGGGGGGAGAGACAGACAGACAUGAAGAAAGAGGGGGGAGAGAGAGACACCAAUGGGGAGCGGGAGAGAGACAGAUGGAGAAAGACAGACAGAGACCAAUGGGGAGGGGGAGAGAGAGAUGGACAUACAGAUGGAGAGACAGGCAGACAGAGACAGAGAGGGAGACAGACAGGGGGAGAGAGAGGGAGGGAAGGACGGAUGGACAGACAGAUGGGGUGAGAGAGGGAGACGAGGACAGAUGCACAGAGCGAGAGAGGGGGAUGGACAGACAGACGGCGAGGGAGACAAGGGCAGAUUUUAUUGUCCUUGCUGUAUACAGCUGGAGUGUUACAGUAUGAUCACUGAAUAGUAUGAAUUGCAGGAUGGAUGACAAACUCACAACAAUAAAUGUCCAGUAUGUUACACCCUCAGGGAUCAGAGUAUCUUUAGAGCUUCAUUGACGUGAGAUCGACCUGCCAAUCUCGACUUUCAGAACAUUCCUCUAAAGUCUAAACUAAAUAAACAACAGUGUCAGAAUUAUAACCGUUUAUUACUGUUCAGGUUCAUUAUAACCAUCUUUGCGAAACAAACAGUAAAAAGCACUAGAUCACAUUAUUAUAUGAACAAAUGAUGUUAUUGUUAUCCUUUGUUGCUGUCAGGUUAAAAAAAACAAUCCAUGAAAUGUUACAUUUGUGUUUUUGUUUUUUCUUUUUUUCCUCCCCUCCCCCAGUUCUGUGUUAUUGUGUGAAAGGCAUUUUCAGUAUAUUUAUCAUUACUUUAUUCUCAACUUCUCCCUGAAUGUGAAAUGUUUGUAUGAAGGAAACCGCUUUAGUGAAAAAGAGAUUUUCACCACGUGAAGGAUUUUUAAAUAUAAAGUUAAAUGUUUUGGUGUUUUUCACUUUGAAAUAAGCUGACAGAUUGCUAACUUUUACCUCACUGUAAGUAAUGUGUAUUUUAAUCAUAAUGAUCACAAAAUAAACACAAUACAUGAUGGAAAUAAA